UGCGUGCACUGUUCGGGAAUGUCGUUUAUAAAAGCGCCGCAAUAAUAGAUAGUCAGAUCCAAUACUGGCCCGUUAAAGGCCACUAUAAUACCACUCCAUUCGAUUUACCUGAGCUGUUUUUGUAGUGUCGACCUGCAGUUGGGGUCCUGACAGAACGAGGCGAAUUAGGAAAACCUGACUGUUGGUGUCUUUUCUCUCUUGCUUUGUCGUAAGUGAUCGACCACGACCAUGAAGAUCUGUACCAUCGUAGUCGUUCUGAUACUGGUCGUCGCUGGUGAGACGAUUGCUAGUGACCACGAGGACGAUCAUGUUCACGAAGACUAUCGAUCAGAACUCUACCAAACACUGUUCACCAAUUCGAGCUAUGACAAGAGUUUCCUCCCCCAUCAUGAUAAGACGCACUACGUUAAUAUCUCCAUGGAUCUUCAGGUCCUCAGAAGACUGGAUUUAUUUGAAAGCACAAUGCAGAUGAACGUUUGGCGAACUUUGAUAUAUAAAGAUGAAAGAUUAACUUGGAAUCCAGCAGAGUUUGGUGGAAUUCAUAGAUUUCACGUGUCAUCCACCAUAAUAUGGGUGCCUGACAUCACUAUCUGGAACAGUCCUCCUGAUGAAAACCCAAGCAUGGAAAAUUCUGAAGCCAUUCUGUAUCCGGACGGCACCAUCUACCAGGUCGUUCCGAUGUUCGUUGAUGCUUCGUGUGCAUUUGAUAUCAGUAACUUCCCAUACGAUUCCCAUAACUGCAGUCUUGUAUUCGGUUCCUGGACCAACGACAAUUCGCGGAUAGUGUUAGGCACGACGUCGGUAGGUGUAGGUCUGGGUCACUACACGAACAACCCGAUGUGGCACGUCGCAGAAUCCUCGGUGCAGAAGCACUCGGUCGUUUACCCUUGCUGUGAGGAGGUCUACGAGGAUGUUACGUUCUACCUGCAGAUUAAACGCAUGCAGAGCCACGGUCGUAUCGGCACCGCCGUGAUCAGCGCCUGGCUGAUCCUCGCUGUCUUCCUCAUGCAGCCAUCGAGAGGGGGAGAACGGAUCAUCUUCUCCGGGUUCGUGUUUGUAUCGAUGGUCGUCAUCAGUUCGGCUCUCAGCGCAGAGGUGCCGUCGUAUUCUACGACCAGAUUAGGGAGAUUCCUCCUCGCUGGGAUGCUGAUUACUUGUAUUGUAGUCGUUAUCAACGCCAUCAUCUACCGCUUCUAUCCAACAGAGCAGCAAGGCACAACAAAGGCCCAAUCCAGCUUUAGUGCGCCCCGAGUCUUCUUCCUCUUCGAUGUCGCGGUCGGUUUGAUUGUCUUCGUCGUUCUCACCAUCGCAACCGGCGCCUUAUUCUCCUAACAACGUCAUCGUCGUCAUCAUCAUCAUCAUCAGUAUCGUAAAUGAAAUAAUCGUCCUUGUUAAUUAUGCUAAAUUCUGUUCAGUUCAUUUCAU